UUUUUCUCCAUGAACAUCAAAUGUAUUUUUCUCACAUUUCAAUGAGAAUUAGGUCAUGAUCACAUCGCCUGCAUUGUCUGUUCUGAGAAAUAGUAUCGUGAAUCCGGUGUGGGAGAGCAGUUCUUCAGGGGAGAAGGGCGCAACGAUAAUCAACAAGCCAUUUCUUCAUCUCGUCUCUCCCUCAGACCCUUUAAGGCAGGCUAAUCGUAUACCCAUAAAGAUUUUGAAAAUGCUUACCGCACGGGGAGGUCAUAUUUUGCACCCGGAGUACCUUCAACCUUUGCCAUCAACCCCUAUCAGUCCCAUCGAGCUGGAUGCAAAGAAAAGUCCGUUGGCUCUCUUAGCACAGACCUGCUCUCAAAUCGGUAAACCAGACCCUUCGUCCUCUUCCAAAAUCUCAUCCGUAACCUCAAAUGGAUCUAGUGACAAAGAGACCAAACCCGGACCACUAAAAAUGAGUGACAUUGGAAAUGAAGACAAAUCUAGCUUCAAACCCUACGCCAAAUCAUCGGAGAAGAACAAGGACUCCUCAUUCGGCAGCGGCAGUCUAAGUGGAGAUAAAGGUAGUUUCCGAGUUCCUAGCGCCACCUGCCAGCCGUUCACCCCCAGGACAGGCAGCCCCAGCUCCUGCCACUCUGUGUCUCCGCUGCCGUCAGAUGGUAAGCAGGGAGACACCGAGGAAAAGAAGAAGGAAUUUGAUAGCAAUAAAAACAGUACAACGGAGAGCAGCAGCAAUCACAGCCGGAUAUGUGGGGUUAAUGGUGAGGUUAACCAACGCCAGGAGAACACUUCUGGUUCAAAGGCUAUCACAUCAGACUCACUCACAUCUGUCUCCUCGUCAUCAUCUGUUCUGGGUUCAGGAGGACUCGUAGCGCCCGUCUCCCCCUACAAACCUGGUCACAGUGUUUUUCCCCUACCGCAUUCCGGCAUGACCUACCCUGGAAGUUUAGCAGGUGCGUAUGCAGGCUAUCCCCAACACUUUCUCCCUCAUGGAAUGACUUUAGACCCGACGAAAUCUAGCAGUCAACUACUAAGCGCUCAGUUUGCCGCUGCCAGCCAACUUCAGUGCAGUAAGUCUGGGAGCCCCUUGUCCAGGUCUUCUCCUCCGUCUCUAAUGUCUGCUAGCCUGUGCAGAGACCCGUACUGCCUGAGUUACCACUGCCCGAGCCACUUAUCCAGUGCCUCGCAGUGCCAUGAAUCCUCGGCUUUGAAGUCAGGAUACCCCCUCAUGUACCCAACUCACCCUUUGCAUAGCGUGCAUUCCUCGCCGCCAUCUUUUGCUGGACACCCGUUAUACCCAUAUGGCUUCAUGCUCCCAAAUGACCCUCUGCCACACGUCUGUAAUUGGGUGUCGGCGAACGGACCUUGUGACAAGCGUUUUUCUUCCUCAGAAGAGCUUCUCAAUCACCUAAGGACUCACACUGCUUUUGCGGGGACGGAGAAGUUGAUAUCAGGGUACCCGGGUUCAUCUUCGCUAGCCAACGCUGCCGCGGCCGCCAUGGCUUGCCAUAUGCACAUGCCCCCGAACGGGGGGCCGGGAAGCCCUGGAGCGCUCACACUCAGGAGCCCGCAUCACCCUAUGGGACUGAGCACGCGCUAUCACCCCUAUUCAAAGAGCCCCCUGCCACCCGGCGCAUCGAUUCAGAUGCCCGCUGCAACAGGUUCAUAUUACUCUCCCUAUGCCUUGUAUGGACAGAGACUCACCACGGCAUCGGCAUUAGGAUACCAGUAGAAGAUGCAGGACAGACGGACAGACGGACAAUAACAAUACAUUUAUAAAGGAGAAUCGAGGCCUAAAUUACAUUAUAUUGGGUGUAUUUCAUGCAGGACGGGAUCCGCGGGCUCAAUGUAUUUAUUUGCGAUAGCUCCAAGCGUGACAAAAAUAAAGUAAUUAUAAUAUAAUUGGUAAGAAGCUCAAGGUGCAUUCUUUUUGUUUUUUUACAGUUAAGAUGUAGGCUUUAUUUGAGCACGCCAUUUUGAUGUUACAUUGACAUUACAAGUCAGUGUGUAUAUGUUGUUUUUUGAAAUGCUAUUUUUUUUACUUUUAUGUUUCCAACAUACAAAAGUCUGCAGCCUAUUCGUUAUUUUUUUAAUUAUGUUUUUCAUCGGAAAUGUGGUCGCCUAUUUCUGUGUCUGUUGGGCCUAUACCGCACAUUGCAAAUCACUUUUCCACGUUAGGCUAUGCCUUAGAAUGACAUGUUUAGAUCAUUUUUCGGGUAAAUUGGGCUAUC